AUGGCAUUCCCCAGACCGCCCGCGACGGAGAAACUAAUAUUCGCGCCCGCCAACGAAAAGCUCAACUCGCAAGCCGAGCAGUACAAGAAAGGGACUCUCGAGCGCUCCAAUCUGAAUGGCGACCCGCUCGAGCAAUUUCACGCCUGGUUCACGCACGCGCAGCACAACGGCGUCCACCAGCCGGAAACGGUGUGCUUAUCCACAGCGUCGCUCCCCUCCGGCCGCGUAUCGGCUCGCGUCGUAUACCUCAAGGAGCUCGACAAGAAGGGGUUUGUGAUCUAUUCGAACUUUGGGACGAGUAAGAAGGGGGCGGAUCUGGAGUCGAAUAAAUGGGCGAGUCUCACGUUUUGGUGGAGGGAGUUAGAGAGACAGGUUAGGGUGGAGGGGAUUGCUGAGAGGUUGAGCAGAGAGGAGAGUCAAGUCUAUUUUGAUACGAGGAUUAGGGGUAGUCGGAUUGGAGCCUGGGCUAGUCGGCAGAGUCAGGUGCUUCAAGGGAGGGAAGAGCUCGAGGCGAGGGUGCACGAGGUGGAGAAGAGGUUCGAGGGGGUAGAUGAGGUGCCUUGUCCGGAGUUUUGGGGCGGGCUCAGGAUCAAACCGGAGAUGAUUGAGUUCUGGCAGGGCAGAGAGAGUAGGUUACAUGACCGCUUUGUGUACCACAAGGUGGAGGGAAAGGAAGGAGAAUGGAAGAUCGAGAGGUUGAGUCCGUAG